AUGGCGCUGGCCAAGCUCUGCCUCGCGGCCCUGGCGGGCCGCGUGGCCUACUCGCUGUCGGUGGCGAUCGCGGAGCCGGACGAGCUGGAGGGCGCUGCGGCGCCCGACGCGCCGGAGUGGUGCAAGAGCAGCGAGGAGCUGACCGUCGAGCAGCGAAAGGACACCGAGCAGGCCACGGCGGAGGCGAAGGCCGCGUGGGCCAAGAAGGAGGUCGCGUCACUGGUUGCGAAGGGCGAGCCCGUCCCCAGCUGGUUGGCCGACACGGUCACCAAGGACGACGAGAGGCAGAACGCGACGAACUGGGCCGUCCGCCAGGCGAUGCUCCUGAAGGAGGCGGACCUGGAGGUGCCCGACUGGCUCAAAGAGAAGGUGCAGGAGACUCUGAGAAGGGGGCCAACCGUUGGGCCGCGUGCAAGGCCGCGGAGCUGA